AUGGUAGACUUCUUGGUUGAAUGCACCUUCAACCACAACCACAACCAGGCCCCCGACCACGAGAAAGAGCAAUCGUUGUCUUGGACUUUGUUCGUAGAAGGAUCCUCCAAUGCCAAGGGAAGCGGAGCCGGCCUCAUACUUCCCACUUUGAAUAGCAACGUGUUAGAGUAUGCAUUGCAGUUUGGUUUCUGCGCUUCCAACAAUAAAGCUGAGUACAAGGCCCUACUAGCCAGCCUCCAACUUUCCAAAGGCCUCGGAAAAAAGUGCAUCAGAGGCUUUAGCGACUCACAAUUGGUUGUGAACCAGGUGAAUAGAGAAGUUAGGACUGCAGAACAGAUUCAACAUCCACACCGGACAUUCAGAUCUUGUAUAGCAGAGAACCUCCUCUCUAGUAGAAAGGGUUACAGCUGGGUUAUAUCAGAGCACAUUCUGGACUUUCUGCAUCAGUGGCAAGGAACAGAUUUAUGUAAAAGGGGUAAAGUUUAUUGGCAAUCUGUGGCACAUGCAGUAUUGUGGGGAGUUUGGGAUGAAAAAAACAAAUGUCUCUUUGACAACAAAUUCAGGCCCCUGGAAGAGUUAAUUUCAGACAUUACUUACCUUUGCAACCUCUGGACUGUAAAUUCAGAUCUGUUCAAAGGACUCUCAGUCAAUGACCUCAAUAGAGAUGCUCACCCCUUUCUGUUUCUCCCUCACCUCCAUCAAACAACCUUGAGACAACCAGAUCCUAUCAGUGAAGGAGUGAUGACCCUAAAAUUUGAUGGAAGUGCUUUAGGUAACCCUGGCUUAGCCGGAAUUGGAGGCAUAGUAAGGGAUGAAAAGGGCAACAUUUGCGGGACUUUCAGUGGUCCAAUUGGUUUGGCUGAUUCCACAAAGGCUAAAGUGAUGGCUGCUCUCACAGGAAUCAGAAUAAUAAAAAACCUGGGAAUCCUGAACUUAAUCAUUGCCGGUGAUUCAGCAAAUACUAUAAAAUGGUUAAGGGACAAGGAGGGGGAACUUGGAGAUUGAGCCACUUCUUGGCAGAGGCUAGGGACUCUUUAGAAUGUUUAAAUGUAAAAUUAGCUUGGAUUCCUAGGGAACUAAAUCAUAUAGCAGAUGGCUUAGCCAAAUGUGGUGUGUUUUUGGAUCAUUUGUAUAGCAACAAGCUUCCUCCUCUGUAAUUCUCAUGUACCUCUUCUUUCUUUAAUGAAAUAUGGUUAAAUUCUUCUCAAAAUUUAACCAGUCCUAUUGGUUCAGACAAGUUUAGAUUGAAGUUUGAGCUUUGUGAAAUAGAUUUUCACUGUCUAAACUUACUGCUUCUUAAGAUGCUUUCUGAUGCAGAGGUUGGAUUUUUUUUUCUUUUGUCAUUUCCAGCAGUCGAGUCGCUGGCAAACUUCAUAAGGCAAACCAAAGGGGUUGCAGAAGGAUUAGGGGAAAAGGCAAAAGUGGCAACCAAACAAACACACUCUGCUACUGUAAUUUUAUUUUAUUUAUUUAUUUAUUUUUUAUCGGUAUACUCUUCUACUGUAUUCUGAGUAGACGUUGAAGAUGUCAAAGGUCAAACAAUAAAGGAGGCACCUCUCAAAUGAGGAAGAAAAUAAUCAAUGGGUGUUAAUGGUGGUGAUAGAAGAAAAAUGGAGAAAACUUUGUUUAAAUAAAGGACAAAAUUGGGUUUUUGAAAUAUUGAAAGAGUCAUGUAAUGUUGUCACAUUCAAACAGAAUAUGACAGACAACCAACAGAGGGGUAGUAUUUGUCAAAUUACGUCAUACUAUAAGGGUCUUUAAGUAGGUUUCCAAACCUUAGGGGUACUUUAAGUAAUUUCCAAAUACAUCAGGGUGAUUUAAGUAAUUAUACUACCCCUCCAGAUAUGGGGGUUCAUCUCUUUUUUUCUUCUUUUGAUCAGAAUUUUGGGUUCCUCUCUUCAUUGAAAUGGGCUUCGGACCUUUGGUUUGGAGGAUAAAAGAUGAAAGAUUUUUUGUAUUUUUACCUUUCUGUUUUAAACAAUUAUUUAACUGGAUCAGGGUUAAUUGUGUCAUUAAAAAUAAAUAAUGGCCUAGCUGAACUUCUGUUAAUGGUACUAAUGUUGACAUGAUGGAAGGUAAGUUUUAGAUAACAAAAAUUCUGAGAGUGGGAUCCGUGGAGAUUUUGGAAAGUCAGGGUAAGUACAGGACAAAUGGGAAAAAGUGAAUGGGGAGUUCUAGAUAAUAACCCUAAUAAGAGAAAAUACAAGGUAUAUACAAAGGGGGGACAAAAAACCCAGAACAGAAUAGGAUAGACUUAUGUACUUCUAUUUAUAUACAAUUUAAUUUGAUGCAUAUCAAUAAUUCAAUUUGGCUCUAUAACUAUGGCUUUUCUAAUAUUUAAUAUAUAGAAACUAAUGUUAUACAACAUAUACCAACCAUGUGGAGUAUUUGAACAUGCCAAAAUAUCAAGUUUACCAGGAUCACUAUCUCACCAUUUAUCCAUAUUCAAUUCCAAGACAUCUGAAUGUCCCAAUUAUAUAAUAAAGCAAAAAUAUGCUAUUUGAUGAAUCAGAAAUAUGAAGCAAACGGUUGAUGAUUCUCUUAAAUAGAAUGUUUGACCUUACCUCCUAUGCAUUGUAAAAUAAAUUAAAAGAUAUGAUUCAUCAUCCUUACCUUUAAUGGAAGUGUUUGCUCUCUUCCAGAAGGGCUAAUCAAUCCCAUCUCCUUCAAGGACUCUAGUGAGAAACCUUAUCCGCUUCUUGGAAUCCUGCAGCUGCUAUAUCUCGCAAGUUCACAUGGACAUACUUCGGCAGCCCAGUAUGCAUUCCUUUUUGACAAUUAGCUGACAAAUCAGUGCAUGAAAUUCAGAAAAAAAGAGA